CAAAGACUGUGCAAAAGGACGAAGUCGAGUCAAGUACCGCUGUGACCAGUACUAUUGUGAGCAAAGAACAUCUGCAUCAUACUGAACCUGAUUUCACAAUGGAUCUAUUUGUCGUAGUAGACCAGACACUCGCCACACGACUGGGGCAGGACGACGAAAUUAUUGACGCUUAUGUUAGAAAGAUUGUGGAUGAGAUAAGUCGUAUCCUUGGACAACUGGUACCUCCAGGCAGUAUCAACCUAAUAGGAGUUAAAAUUUCCCGCGAGGAAAACGAGCCCUUCUCGGUCUUAUGGUCAAACAAGAAGGUAAAGGGUGUAGAUGCACUGGUGGCUUUUGUUGCAUAUGCGAGACGACAUAUAAAUAUGUGGAAAGCGGACUUUCUGUUAUGGCUGACGGGACGCGGUCUGGCUCGCGUGUCAGAGGACCAUUCCAUUGAAGGGAUGACUACAAGAGGACAGGUCUGUGGUCCAGGGAAGGCGGCGAUUAUUUCAGCCAGAGAGGAUGGAUUUAACGUUUCUUUGACCGCUGCGCACGAAAUAUCUCAUGCGCUUGGAGCCUAUCAUGACGGAGCAGGCAGCUCUAAAUCUUGUCCGCCAACAGAUAAUUACCUAAUGCAUCCUCACGCUGGAGGCGUGGGACCAACCUACUCAUCAUGCGCCCUGCAGUCUAUCAAUAUCUUUUUAAAGUAA